AUGCCUCAUGUCACCAUCUCGCCCCGCCCUCGAGGCCCGAGCUCUGUUCCAUCGACUGCUCUCCCUGAGGUCAAGAUCUCAACGGCGGUCCUCGAGCCUCUCUUCCGUCUCUCGAUGAAGGAUGCCGCAAGCCGUCUGGGGGUCUCAACCACCAGCCUAAAGGCUGCCUGCAGGAAGCUCGGCAUUUCGCGAUGGCCUUCGCACAGAGCCAGGGAGCAAGGGCUGUACCGGAGAGCUCCAGCUGGAUUGACUGAGGGCCUUCCGGACCUGACAAGCUCAGCACCGAGCUCUAGAGCACAUGGCACAGAGAACAACAGGGGUCUUGUGAGGGAGGGACUGGGACAGUCAGAGGGGAGCAGAGGUAAGAUGGAGCAGUGGGACGUUGAGCAGGCGGUAGACGAGGGCUGGGCCUGCCUUGAACCGGGAUGGAUAAUGGAGUACAUGAAGGCAGGAAUGCAUGAGGACGAUGACCUGGGAGACUGA